GUGGGACAGAGAAAAUUCCUGAACGCUCACGCAUCAGCCGGCGCACCGCAUGCUGCUACCCAGCUUCAUGGAACAAGAACAAGGGUGUAUCACCGUCCGCUGACUGAAACCCACUGUAGCUGCUGCACUUUUAGCACUGAAUUAUAUCUCGGUUCUUCCUUGUAAUUACUGUACUCUACAGUUAGCUAGUGAAGAUGUCAGUUGUCGGAUUUGACGUCGGGUUCUUGAACUGCUAUGUAGCGGUAGCCAGAGCCGGGGGGAUUGAAACUGUCGCUAAUGAAUACAGCGAUCGAUGUACACCAGCAUGUGUUUCUUUCGGACCCCGGAAUCGAUCCAUCGGUGCUGCUGCCAAAAGCCAGGUUGUCACAAACUGCAAAAACACAGUCCAAGGGUUCAAGAGGUUUCAUGGCAGGGCGUUUUCGGAUCCCUAUGUGCAUCGCCUAAAAAACAGUUUGGUCUAUGAUAUCGCACAAAUGCCUACAGGAACAACUGGCAUUAAGGUGAUGUACAUGGAGGAAGAGAAGGUGUUCAGCAUUGAACAGGUCACUGCCAUGCUGCUGACCAAGCUUAAGGAGACUGCGGAGCAUGCUCUGAAGAAGCCUGUUGCAGACUGUGUUGUUUCCGUUCCCUGCUACUACACUGAUGCGGAGAGGAGAUCAGUAGUAGAUGCUGCUCAGAUUGCUGGUCUCAACUGCCUGAGGCUCAUGAAUGAGACAACUGCAGUUGCAUUGGCGUAUGGGAUCUACAAACAGGAUCUCCCUGCUCCCGAGGAGAAGGCCAGGAAUGUGGUGUUUGUGGACCUGGGCCAUUCUGGAUACCAGACAUCAGUGUGUGCCUUUAACAAAGGCAAAGUCAAGGUCCUUUCUACAGCUUGUGACCCAGAGUUGGGAGGAAAGGACUUUGAUGAAGUAUUGGUGAGACACUUCUGUGAGGAAUUUGGCAAGAAGUACAAGAUUGAUGUCAAGACAAAGCCCAGGGCUCUGGUCAGGCUGUACCAGGAGUGUGAAAAACUGAAAAAAUUGAUGAGUGCCAACUCCUCUGACCUGCCGCUUAACAUUGAGUGCUUCAUGAAUGACAUUGAUGUCACUGGAAAACUGAACAGGGGUCAAUUUGAAGAGAUGUGUAGUGACAUUCUUGCCCGAGUUGAGGCUCCACUGCAGAGCCUGCUGGAACAUACCAAACUGAAAAAGGAAGACAUCUAUGCAGUAGAGAUCGUGGGGGGAGCUUCUAGGAUUCCAUCUGUUAAAGAAAGAAUCAGCAAAUUCUUUGGGAAGGAGUUGAACACCACACUGAAUGCUGACGAAGCCGUGGCCAGAGGUUGUGCCCUGCAGUGUGCAAUACUGUCACCUGCCUUCAAAGUGCGUGAAUUCUCCAUCACAGAUGUUGUUUCCUAUCCCAUCUCCUUGAAGUGGCAUUCUGCUGCAGAGGAAGGUUUGAGUGAUUGCGAGGUAUUUCCUAUGAACCAUGCAGCACCUUUCUCCAAAGUGCUGACUUUCUACCGGAAAGAGCCUUUUUCUUUGGAGGCCUACUACAAUAAUGCUACUGAGCUGCCCUACCCUGAUCCCACUAUUGGUCAGUUCCUGAUCCAGAAGGUUGUCCCACAGGCAUCUGGGGAGAGCUCCAAGGUGAAAGUCAAGGUGCGGGUGAACAUCCAUGGUAUCUUCAGCGUGUCCAGCGCCUCCCUGGUUGAAGUGCAGAAGUCUGAUGAGACCGAGGAACCCAUGGAAACGGAACAGGCCAAUGGCAAAGAGGAAGAGGUACAGCCAAAUACAAACAAGAUGCAGACCGAUCAGGAUGAGCAGCAGAGUCAAGGAGACGGUCAGAAAGAGGCAGAAGAGAAGACACCCCGGGAGAAUGAGGAGAUGGAUACUACCACAGAGGAGGGUAAAGGCGAGAAGAAGUCUGACCAGCCCCCACAAGCGAAAAAGCCCAAAGUCAAAACAAAAGUGCUUGAGCUUCCAAUUGAGAACAGUCCACAGUGGCAGCUAGCUGAUGACAUGCUCAAUCUUUUUGUAGAAAAUGAGGGUAAGAUGAUCAUGCAGGACAAGCUGGAGAAGGAGAGGAAUGACGCGAAGAAUAAUGUAGAGGAGUAUGUGUACGAGAUGAGGGACAAACUACAUGGGAUGCUGGAGAAGUUUGUCAGUGAAUCUGACCGAGAUAUUCUGUCUUUAAAGCUUGAGGAUACUGAAAACUGGCUGUAUGAAGAUGGAGAGGACCAACCCAAACAGGUGUACAUUGACAAACUGGCAGAGUUAAAGAAACUUGGCCAGCCCAUCAAGGAGAGGUAUACAGAAGCUGAAGAGAGACCUAAAGCAUUUGAGGAGUUGGGAAAACAAAUCCAGCAGUACAUGAAAUUUGUGGAAGCAUACAAAAUAAAGGAGGAGCAGUAUGACCAUUUAGAUGAGGCAGAUGUCAACAAAGUGGACAAACUGGCCAGUGAGGCAAUGAUCUGGAUGAACAGUGCCAUGAACCAGCAAAGCAAACAGAGCCUGACGGUGGAUCCCUCCAUUAAAGUAAAAGACAUUCAAGCAAAAACAAGGGAGCUUUUCUCCACUUGUAACCCCGUUGUGACCAAGCCCAAGCCCAAGCCCAAGGUGGAGCCUCCAAAGGAGGACACUGCAGAGCAGAACGGGCCUGUCAACGAGCAGGAUAAACCCCAGGAAGAGACUGCAGACAAGGGAACGACGGGAAGCAACCCCACCUCAGAAACCACACAAAACAAGCCUGACAUGGACCUUGAUUAAAGCAGCCUGAUGCCCGUGUAAGCCAAGCUGAGUGUAUAUCAGAGCAGGUAAAGUGUUUCAGGAACUGCACUCCACAGUCAAAAGCGGGCAGGGUGAUUAGCACACUGAUCCCAGAUCCUGGUGGCAUGUCUGUCUGAUGACAUAGCAUGCCUUCUCUCUUUCUGGAUGACAUAAAUCAAAAGCCAGCCGCAAUAAGCCUGUUUGACAAUGAGCGCUGUACACAUAAUGGUAUUUAUUUCUGUUGUGUGCCCUGUAAGUGUUCUGGUCUGUCACAAUAUGGUUUUAAUAAAGUUACUGAAAAUCA